CCCGAGGCGCCGGCAGUGGCCCGGCCCAGCGUGGAAGCAGGCCGGCCGGGCGCCGAGGACCGAGGGGCGGGCCCGAAGCCGCGGCCUCGCCUCCACCCGCGCCGCGCCGCGCCCGCCGCUUUCCCGGCUGCUCGGGGCGGCCUCGCGCGGUCGGUAUCUCUGCCGGGCGGAGCGCCGCCGCCAUGCUGCAGAAGCGGGAGAAGGUGCUGCUCCUGCGGACCUUCCAGGGCCGGACGCUGCGGAUCGUGCGGGAGCACUACCUGCGGCCCAGCGUGCCCUGCAACAGCCCGCUCUGUCCGCAGCCCUCCGCCUGCCGCAACGAUGGGAAACUCCUGUCUAGUGAUGUGACUCAUUAUGUGAUCCCAGAUUGGAAAGUUGUUCAAGAUUACCUUGAGAUCCUUGAAUUUCCUGAGUUGAAGGGAAUUAUUUUCAUGCAAACGGCUUGUCAAGCUGUGCAGCAUCAAAGAGGCAGGAGCAAGAGAUGGCAGUACAUGAGUACCUGCUGUACUAGAUUUAUUUUUCUCCUGUGUCACAGACAGUAUAACAAAUUGCGAAACCUCAUGAAGGAUGCGCGUCAUGAUUGCAUUCUCUUUGCUAAUGAAUUCCAGCAGUACUGCUAUCUCCCACGGGAAAGGGGAGAGUCCAUGGAAAAGUGGCAGACCAGGAGCAUAUACAAUGCAGCUGUUUGGUACUAUCACCACUGCCAGGACAGGAUGCCAAUCAUCAUGGUGACAGAAGAUGAAGAGGCAAUUCAGCAGUAUGGAAGUGAAACAGAAGGAGUGUUUGUGAUUUCUUUCAAGGAUUAUCUGGACAAUUUUUGGCCUGAUUUAAAGGCUGCCCAUGAGCUUUGCAAUUCUAUCCUUCAGUCUCGCUGGGAAAGAGAGAAUGAGAGUCAGGAGAGCCAUGGCAAGGAGUACCCAGAGCAUCUUCCCCUGGAAGUGCUAGAAGCCGGGAUCAAGUCUGGACGCUACAUCCAGGGAAUUCUGAACGUCAACAAACACAGAGCACAAAUAGAAGCUUUUGUUCGACUUCAAGGAACCAGCAGUAAAGAUUCAGGUUUAGUCAGUGACAUUCUAAUCCACGGGAUGAAGGCACGAAACCGCUCGAUUCAUGGAGAUGUGGUAGUUGUGGAACUGCUCCCUGAAAAUGAAUGGAAAGGAAGAACCGUCGCCCUGUGUGAGAAUGACAGUGAUGACAAGGCCUCAGGCGAGUCCCCAAGUGAGCCCAUGCCUACAGGUCGAGUGGUAGGAAUCCUUCAGAAGAACUGGAGGGAUUAUGUGGUGACAUUUCCAUCCAAAGAAGAGGUCCAAUCUCAGGGCAAAAAUGCUCAGAAAAUCCUAGUUACACCUUGGGAUUACAGAAUUCCUAAAAUUCGAAUUAGCACCCAGCAAGCAGAAGCCCUCCAGGACUUCAGGGUGGUUGUGCGCAUCGAUUCCUGGGAGUCAACAUCCCUGUAUCCAAAUGGACAUUUUGUGCGUGUUUUAGGAAGAAUUGGAGAUCUGGAAGGCGAAAUUGCAACCAUCCUGGUGGAAAACAGUAUUUCAGUUGUCCCUUUCUCAGAAGCUCAGAUGUGUGAGAUGCCAGUAAACACACCAGAAAAUCCCUGGAAGGUGAGUCCUGAAGAGGAACGAGAACGUAGAGACUUGAGGAGAACCCAUCUUGUAUUCAGCAUUGACCCCAAAGGUUGUGAAGAUGUGGACGACACACUGUCAGUCAGAUCCUUAAAUAAUGGCAACCUGGAACUUGGGGUCCAUAUUGCAGAUGUAACACACUUUGUGGCACCAAAUUCUUAUACUGAUAUUGAAGCUAGAACAAGGGCCACCACUUAUUAUUUAGCAGAUCGUCGCUAUGACAUGCUGCCCUCUAUCCUCAGUGCUGAUUUGUGUUCCCUCCUGGGAGGCGUUGAUAGGUAUGCUGUAAGUGUCAUGUGGGAAUUAGAUAAAACCUCUUAUGAAAUCAAGAAAGUUUGGUAUGGCAGAACCAUUAUUCAAUCAGCAUACAAACUGUUCUACGAAGCAGCCCAGGAACUACUGGAUGGAAACUUCGGCGUUGUUGAAGAUAUUCCAGAAUUCAAAGGCUUGGAUGAGAAGAACAGACAAACCAAGCUGGAGGAGUUAGUGUGGGCAAUUGGAAAGUUAACUGACAUAGCUCGCCAUGUCCGAGCUAAACGAGACUAUUGUGGUGCCCUGGCACUGGAAGGGAUAGAGGUUCAAGUACAGCUAGAUGAAAAAAAGAACAUUCAUGACCUCAUCCCCAAGCAGCCCCUGGAGAUCCAUGAGACGGUGGCUGAAUGCAUGAUCCUGGCCAACCACUGGGUGGCCAAAAAGAUCUGGGAGAGCUUCCCUCAUCAGGCCUUGUUGCGCCAACACCCUCCUCCACACCAGGAGUUUUUUUCUGAACUCCGGGAAUGUGCUAAAGCAAAAGGCUUCUUCAUAGAUACACGGUCCAAUAAAACACUGGCUGAUUCCCUGGAUAACGCGAAUGACCCCAGUGAUCCUAUUGUAAACAGGCUGCUGCGCUCUAUGGCCACCCAGGCCAUGUCUAAUGCACUGUAUUUCUCCACCGGGUCAUGCGCAGAGGAAGAGUUCCAUCAUUAUGGUCUUGCAUUAGAUAAAUAUACCCACUUUACUUCUCCAAUAAGAAGAUAUUCAGAUAUUGUAGUACACCGAUUGUUAAUGGCAGCCAUUUCAAAAGAUAAGAAAAUGGAAAUUAAGGAAAAUUUGUUCAGCAACAAAGAUCUCGAGGAAUUAUGCAGACAUAUCAACAACAGAAACCGAGCUGCACAGCAUUCUCAGAAGCAGUCUACUGAGCUCUUCCAAUGCAUGUACUUUAAAGACAAAGACCCUGAAACCGAGGAGCGUUGCAUAUCCGAUGGAGUUAUUUACUCAAUUAGAACAAACGGUGUUCUUGUAUUUAUACCGAGAUUUGGGAUUAAAGGUGCUGCUUAUCUAAAAAAUAAAGAUGGUUUAGUGAUCGCAUGUGGCCUAGAUAGCCGUUCUGAAUGGAAACCAGGAUCCCUUCAAAGAUUUCAAAACAAAAUUACCUCUACCACAACAGGAGGGGAAUCUGUUACAUUCCACUUGUUUGACCAUGUAACAGUAAAAAUAUCUGUACAGGCCUCGCGUUGCCAUACUGAUACAGUCAGGCUUGAAAUAAUAAGCAACAAACCAUACGUGAUACCAAACACAGAAAUUUUUCAUCAGAGCUCCCUUUUGCUGAAGAGUGACUUAGUGAAAGAAGUAACUAGAUCUGUGGAAGCUCAGCUUGCCCAAGAGGUCAAAGUAAACAUCAUUCAGGAAGAAUAUCAAGAAUAUUGCCAAACAAAAGGAAGAAGCCUAUACACCCUUCUAGAGGAGAUAAGAGACCUAGCUCUCCUGGAUGUUUCAAACAAUUAUGGAAUGUGAAAUACUCUACUUCAUUAAAAAAGCUUUGUUGUAUGCAA